CAGCCCAGCCGCCCCCAGCUCCCAAGAUGGCGGCGGCCAGGGCGGCGCGGGAGGCAGCGCGCCGCUCCAGGAAGCUUUUCGACAUUUUUGUGGCCGAGGUUCCGUGGACGGUAUCGAGCAAGGAGCUGAAGGAGUACUUCUCUCAGUUCGGGUCAGUCCAGAGGUGCCAGCUGCCGUUUGACAAAGAUACAGGCUUUCACAAACGUUACUGCUGGAUUAAAUUCUCAACUCCAGAAGAUGUUCAGAAUGUAUUUCAGAAGGACUCCCACAUACUUGAAGGUGCCAAGGUAGCUCUUAAACAGGCAAGCCAGGCUCAUAAAUUGGGCUGAAAAUGACUAAGAUGUUACCUGUAUGCAAUUACUAAGAUAAGUACUAGGAGUAGCAUAGAGGAGUAUUUAGUGUCAAUUUCUUGGAAAUAAUUUUCUUUUUAUUCUUGAAGCUGUAAGAUAGCCACAUCCACUUAACUGGAGGACUGUACUCUAAGUGCAAGAGCUAAGAGGCUUUAUGGUGAAAUAAAAAGUAGAAGGCAGGCAGUAGGUAGCUUUCUUCAUUUCUUCAAAAAUGCAAGUUUUCUGGAAGCAAAACACAUAAGCACUUCUGCCAACUGUAUUCUAGGCUAGGUUUAGACAGUUACCUUCCAUUAGUUCCACUUGAAAGCACAAGCUUUUAAGAUGCAUUUUGCCAAUACAACUAGCAAUUGCCAUAGAAAUGAUAUUCAACUUUCCUGUCAGGAGCUUAGCAUUUGUGGUUAUGGCUCAUGAAACUGAACCUGUUAUAAACCCAUCUUUUGCUUUCUGUAUGAAAAAAAAGAAAAAUAUCAAGCCUUC